UUCACACAUGUCCACUGAGGAAAAGUUGAGGUGCUGGUCUGCGAUCCUGCUCAGGAACGGAUUAAAAGCUUUAAACAGUUUUAAGAAAGAGAGGUGAGCUAUGUCCUCCUGUGUGGUAAAGUCCAGAAGCAAGAACCCGUACGCAGCGGUGAAGGUGGACCCAGACAGUGACUACAUUACACCAGGAACAUUAGAUCUGGAGCAGCUGUUCUGGUCCGGCCCCGGGCCUAAAUAUGCACACAUCAACCAGGUCUGGCCCAGCGUCUUCAUCGGGGAUGAGAAAACAGCUCUGGAGCGACCUGGCCUGAGGGAUCUGGGUGUUACACAUGUCCUUAAUGCAGCAGAGGGAAAGUGGAAUAACGUACUGACUGGUGCUGAUUACUACACCGACGUGGACAUCCAGUACUACGGUGUAGAGGCUGAUGACAAACCCACCUUUAAUAUCUCCCAGUACUUCUGCUCCGCAACCCAGUUCAUCCACGAGGCCCUCAGUCACCCACAGAACAAGGUGCUGGUGCACUGUGUGAUGGGUCGGAGCAGGUCAGCGGCUCUGGUCUUGGCAUACCUGAUGAUGAAACACGGCUUAACUGUGGUGGAUGCUAUUGAGCAUGUGCGACAGCGGCGCUGCAUCCUUCCCAAUCACGGCUUUUUGCGACAGCUCAGAGCUCUGGACAUCACACUGCAAGAGGAGAGGCUGAGACAAAAAAGAGAGACGCAACACCAAUAAUACUUAAUAGAUAGUUAAUAACUGUGUUUGAAUGUCUUCUGAAUCCAUCUCAGGUAUACAAAAUGACUACUGUAUCAUUAAAUUCUGUUUUCACAACUGUGUCACACUAGUCUCAAAAAAAUCUAAUGUUACAUUGAAGAAUGUGGUGUAAUAAGGGCAACGUGAUUUUGUCAACAUCUGCAAAGUGUGUGAAAAGUGUAAGAACAGAUUUCAAUGAGGCACACAUAGAAGGUCCUGACAUUAUAGGUAUACUGUGCGACAAGUUAAAGUUGAUUUAAAGCAACUUUAGCUUUGAAGCAACUUUUUGUACCAAAAGUUUUAUUUUUUGUCCAUUAAGGUUUGAUCUUCAAUCUAUUGGGUUCAUAUCAUAGAUAUCUUAUGAAUUAAAAUAAUUACCUUUGAUUGAAAAAAAGCCUUUGAGGGAAUAC